AGACGAAGGAAAUGAACGGGUACUUUAGAGAAAAGAUUCGUAAGAGAAAGACGGAGGAGGAAAGGAGAGUGAAGGAAGAGGAGGAAACAAAGAGGAGGGAUGAAGAAAAUAGGAGAGAGAGAGAGAGAGAGAAUGAGGGAAGCGGCGAGGGGAGCAAGGUUGGAAGCACGGAUGGUACGCCUGCUUACGCAGCAUACCACACCGAGUAACAAGAACGAGGAAGUGAUUGGGAAGAAGAAAUCACCCAAGACGAAGGCGAGGAUGCUACGGGAAAUAAGGAGCUAUCUAAUGGAAUCUGAUGACGACAGUGAGGAAGUGAAAGAGGAGGCGGCGAUUGAAAAAAGGAAGGGGAAGAGGAAGAUAGUAGAGGAGGGAAGGAUUUCCAAAAGCUUGAAGAAGGGGUACUACGGAAACCCGGUGAGGGUCGACGACGACGACGAGGAUGAAGUUAGGACCCCACCUCCUAUGAAGAAGGAAUCCGAAGGGGGGACAGGCGGAACAGAAAUGCUCGACUUUGCCAUCGAAAUGCACUGGAGGCUGUUGGAGAAGAAGGUCCCAGAGUUGAGGAAGCUCUGUAGUCAGGAAGUGUUGAAUAGCAUGGAACACCGGCCGAACGUCCUGAGAGAACUGCGGAGGAACCCAGGGAAGAUCAACGGAAUGUACCGGAGAGAUUCGCGUGAACUGGUUGCAUUGUAUAGGACGUGCGCACUCUUCGGAAACAAGAAGGUGCGGAAUCAACUGAAGACAUCGAUCACGAAGGUGGUAAGGGUGAGGUUUGGGGUUGAAAUCAUGAGGAGACCGUGCGUCAAGGUACCAUUCUCCCCGCACAUCCGGUUGGGGGAGGUAAGGAGAAUGGCAGCGGGAGUUGUGGAGAAAUCAGUCACAGAUCCUUAUUUGCACUGGUUUAUAGCGGUGAAGGUGAGGACGGUAACAAAAAACAGGAGGCCGGUGGGUGGCGUGAUCCAUAAGGGCCAUAACCAUUGGACCUUCGCAGAGAUGGAGCAGGCACGAUGUUGCUGCAAUGUCCCGGGGGUACCAGUAACCAACGGUGACAUCAAGGUACGAAUUGACCAAGUACCUGGGCUACCGAGCUCUGUGGUGAAUUCCAUGAACGUGACAUCCGGGUUUGCGGUACUACCUAUGGGAGUAUUGGAAGAUUGCAUUAGGGAAGGGGUGGGUGCAUGGACCAAGGAGGGACCAGUAAGGAUCGAGGGGUCCGAACUAUGCGAGUGUUAUCAGAAAGGACGCAUUGACCAGUCCAAGGCGAUGAGCGUGACGGAGGUGCAGGACGUGAUGAGACCGUACAGGGAGUUAGUCGCCAUGCCCAUCGAUCGGAAUCCGGGCUUGAUGCUACUUCUCUGUCCUCAGCUGUAUAAUAAGGCAUGCAGAGAUGCCUUUAAUCGCAAUCCGAGCUUUUCUCUGGUCAAACAAAGGGAGGAGAUUGUACUUAGGAAGAUGAAAGGAGAAUUCGACCGAAGAGGGUUGAGCAGGAUAGCAAGUGGCAGACCGGUGGGAAGAUCGGCAAGGCAUAUGUUUUGUCGAAGGACAAAGAUUUAGAGCGGUGGAGGCCGAUUUCACCGGCCACCGAUGAUCCAGCAAGGUUGGCAGGAGUAAAAGCUGGUAGAGUCA